AUGUGGCUAAGACGGCAUGUAAUAGUGAUUUUUUCAGUUCCAUACGAAGCUAAUGCUGAUGAUUAUUUAAAGUUCCCUGUGAAAGAGAUCGUCAGGGGAAUGUCGCAGAUCCGCGGCAACACGGUGCGCGGGCGCGAGGUGGCCGACGCGCUGGCGGCGGCGGCGGCGGCGCGCGCGCAGGAGCAGGACGCGGCCCGCGCCGCGCUGGCGCCUGCGCUGGCCGCGCUGAGGGACCAGGUCGCCAGGGCGCGACACGCCGCCGACUCGAUAUCAGUAUCGCUGACAUCUGUGGCCGGAGCAGCAGUGGGAUGCGCACGCGGCUACCCACUGCAGGCGACGUCGCCCGCCGUCACCAAAGUGGCCAUUGCGGUCUCUUUCGACAACUAUGUCAAGGACGGCACUCUGCUUUACUUACUUGAUGACACGCGGGAAACUCAAAAAUACAUGAAGCUUCUAGUACGCGAUCAAAAACUACACCUCAUUUGGAAUCUGGGUGGCGGGGAAGGUGUUAUUGUUCAUCCAGAGAUGCUGCAUCCAGUACACGACGAAGGAGACCUCACGUCAUAUCGAAUAGAAGUUGAAAGAGUUUGGAACACGGUUCACCUGUCCCUGGAACGCGCGGGCGGCAGCACGAUCACGGCCGAGAACAGCACGACUGCGGCGGCCGUGGACCUGCUCGCAACGCAGUUGUGGCUGGGCGCACCCGGCGCCGAGUUGCGAGUUGGCGAUCCGGAGGCAUCUAACGACAGUUUAGGGCUGCCGGGCUGCGUACACGCACUUUAUAGCGAGGACCGACUCAUAGGACUGUGGAACUUUGUACAGCAACCGAAAGAAGCCCAAUGCACUGGGUGCAUGCAGAGAUGGUAUAAUGGCGGUCGCGGCAGCGGCGAAGCAGGCAUGGUUUGGUUUAACGGUGCAGGUUACGCCGAGCUGCAUAGGUCUAGUUUGAGACCUUCUGACAGAAGACACUUCACGCUCGCAUUCACCUUUCGCACUAGAGACGAGAACGCGCUGCUGUUUAUGGCUAUCGAUGCUGCCAAUAACCGGUCGGUGUCGGUGGUGCUCCGCGACUGCCGCGUCGUGUUCGCGGUGGAGUACGCGCAGGCGCGGCUGGAGAUCAGCGCGACGGGGCGCCACUGCAGCGGCAGGCCCGCGCACGUGCAGGCCAUUCGCGUCUUCGCGGGGAACAAGCUCGAGAGAGGCAGCCUGCGCGUGAACGGCGAGGAGACCCUGGGGUCUCCCGCGCCGCCGGUGCAGGCGUUGGCGGCGGUGCCCGACCUGGCGUCGGCCGCGUACUGGGUGGGCGGGGCGCCGCCCGGAGGCCGCGCGGCCGCGCCGCCGCUGCUGGGCUGCGUGGGCGCGCUGGCCGUGGACCGCGAGGGAUACGACCUGCUGGGCACGCCCAAGCGCCACGGGGUCGAGGCCCGCUGCGGCUCCCGGGUGAGACCUACGUUGCACGGCCCCGUCUGCCGUCUGCCGCAGACUCUCCGCUCGGCGACCCUGGAAGGGCAAGGCUACAUCGAGCUGCCGUCGCCCCUGCUGCGUCGCAAGGCGGCGCUGGGCCUUUCGUUUGCGGCGCGCGCCCCUUCCGGCCUGCUGCUGCUGCGCGUGCCCGCCGCCAAUUCGCAGCGACGGGACAACGAGGUUGAUGACGACGACGACUCUGAUGAUCGACACUAUUUAGCUAUUGUUAUGAUUGACGGCGAGUUGGAAGUGAUAGCGGCGGCCGGUAAGGGUGAGCUGCGUCUGCGCACCAACGGAACGAGGUUCGACGACGGCAGAUUGCACACGCUGCGGCUCGUUAGAGCUCACAAGCAGCUGGAGCUGCACGUGGACGGGCAGCGGCGCGCGCAGGGCUCUUUGGCGGGCAACGCGCUGCCCGCGCGCGCCGGCGGGCUGUUCGUGGGCGGCGCCGACUGGCCGCACCCCGCGCCCGCCGUGCCGCUGCAGGGCUUCGCGGGGACCGUGGCCGACCUCGUCGUGGACUCCUCGUUGGUGGGUCUGGAGAACGCAUUGAAUUGGGUGGGCGCUCGUCUAGGCCGUGCAGAUUUGGAGCCGCGUCCGGAGCCGCGAAGCGAAGCGAGGGCGCUGCACGAACAGCCGGGCGACGACGCCGGCUGCACCGCGACGUCUUCGUACACGGUAGAAGCGGGCGCGGUGAAGUUUGGCGAUGCGGCGUGGAGUCACGCGAUGCUGCGACUGCCUUCCAAGACCAAGGAGCUGGCUGUGGCGCUCCAAUUCCGCACAUUCGCGCUGGACGGGUUACUGUUGUUAGUGCCG